CGUCAUUAUAUGUGCAGCAUAUGUGUAUAUCAUUUAUUUUGUCUCUCUUUUUUUUCUUAUGACUGAAACAUGGUCAUAUCUGCUGCUGGCACUGAGCAGUUUUUUUUUGUUGUUGUUAUUGUUGUUGGAUAUUUCAUUUUGGCAAUGCCAGCCGACUAAACGGCUUCCUCUUUAUAUAGCCGCACACAGGAAAGGGGAAGGAAUGUGCUCAUUGUAGUUAUACAGGUUGUGGCCUUUUUGGAGGUGCCGGGCUCGGACGUCGUCGUGGCCCGAGCGAACGUCAGAUUGAAAUGUGCAGACGUCAGAAACAUCUCAGCUGAUCAACGUCCUCCAGCCAGCGAAGACGCCAUGCUCAUGCAGUUCCCUCAUGGCCGUACCGCGACCGCCGCCGUCCUCCGUUCGCGGCCGAUGCUCGUCCUGGCGCUGGCCGCGCUGCUCUGCCCCCCGGGCCUGGUGACGGUUCACGGGGAGAACCGGACCCAGUCUCCGGCCCAGGUGCUCCAGGACCUGCUGGCCCGCCAUGGCGACAACGGCACCAUCACGGUGCCCCAGCUGCGCUCCCUGCUGGCCCUCCUCAGCCAGGACCAGGGGGAAGGUGUCAGCAGCGGCGGCGGCAGCAAUGUGGUUGAGGCGCCCACGAGCUCGCCUCCCAAAUCCAACAGCUCCACGUGUCUGCCUGCUGACAUGUUGGCCGCGUACAGCGUUAGCGAGCAGUCGCGGCUGGACGGGCCCGGUUUGCAGGAGCUCUGUCCGACCAUGCUGCAGCAGCUGGAUGCUGGAACCUGUAGGCUUCAAAAAGAGGAGAUACUCAGCGAGCCCUCCCCCCGGCCCACAGACGCUGAAGUGUGGGGUUAUGGGAUCCUGUGUGUGACGCUGAUCUCUCUGUGCUCGCUGGUCGGGGCGAGCGUGGUGCCCUUCAUGAAGAAAACCUUUUACAAGCGCCUGCUGCUCUACUUCAUAGCGCUGGCCAUUGGCACGCUCUACUCCAACGCCCUGUUUCAGCUCAUCCCAGAGGCCUUUGGCUUCGACCCCAUGAAGGACUUCUACGUGUCCAAGUCAGCGGUGGUGUUCGCUGGCUUCUACCUCUUCUUCUUCACGGAGAAGGUUCUCAAAGUGCUGCUGAAGCAGAAGAACGGGAGCCACGGCCACAGUCACUACCCGGGCGCCGACCGAUACUCGGCGGCCGACGGAGACCCGGAGGAGGGUGAGAAGGAGAAGCUGCAGCACAACGGAGAAGCCAGCAGUCUGGCUCUGGGCAAGGUGGACGCCGGCGAGGGCGAGCUCAUGCUCAGCCCCGCGCAGACGCCGCAGGACUCCCAGAGCCCCGACAGCGGCGGGCGGUCCGGAGCCGCCGGCGGCGGCUGCUACUGGCUGAAGGGGACGAGCUACUCCGACAUCGGCACGCUGGCGUGGAUGAUCACGCUGAGCGACGGCCUGCACAACUUCAUCGACGGCCUGGCCAUCGGCGCCUCCUUCACCGCCUCCGUCUUCCAGGGCGUCAGCACCUCCGUGGCCAUCCUGUGCGAGGAGUUCCCCCACGAGCUGGGAGACUUUGUGAUCCUGCUGAACGCCGGCAUGAGCAUCCAGCAGGCGCUGUUCUUCAACUUCCUGUCGGCGUGCUGCUGCUACCUGGGCAUGUGCUUCGGGAUCCUGGCCGGCAACAGCUUCUCGCCCAACUGGAUCUUCGCCCUGGCGGGCGGCAUGUUCCUCUACAUCGCCCUGGCAGACAUGUUCCCGGAGAUGAACGAGGUGAGUCGCGAGGAGGAGGACGCGGGCGGCAGCAGCUUCCUCCUCACCUUCGCCAUCCAGAACGCCGGGCUGCUGACGGGCUUCGCCAUCAUGCUGCUCCUCACCACGUACUCGGGGCAGAUGCAGCUCGGCUUGUAGCGGCGGAAACUCCCCCCCCCCCCCCCCCCCCCCGCCCCCUCCCUCCGGACCGACGACGACGACGAAGUGAAAGAGGAAACUAAUCCCCCCUUUUUUUAAAUCUUCCUCCCGUCUUAAGUUUUUUUCAGGAGAACCUUGGGAGCUUUGUGAAGUGCGUCUGUGCGGCAGGUACGCACACACUCCUCCUCCUCCGCGGUACUUUUGUUCACACAUGCAGUAUUUCCCGCGGGAACGUCGGCCGACGGAGACGACUCUGCCGAGCGUGAACUGACGUGCAGUACUCGCCCCCCAAACCGCUCUCUGGCUGCCGAUCAGCCAUUUUGGCUCCUGCUCUUACUCUCUCUCCCCUCAGUGGACCAACGUCAUCGAGCCUCGACCGAUAGAAGCUUAACAAGAGUUUGUGUCACCAACCCUCCGGCGACAUUCCCUCAGGAGGCGGGAGAAGCACAAUCAGAGUCUUUAUCCCCCUUUUCCAGACUCUAUCCCCCUUUUCCAGACUUUUCUUCCCCCUCAUUCCAUUUCCCAGAAUCCAUUUGACAACCUGGACCUGAACUGGAACUCAUAUCAUGUGUCGACGUCAGACUGACUUCCCCUGGAAACGUCACGUUGGUUGUUUUGUGGUGUUGAUGUUAUAUAUAUAUAUAUAUAUAUAUAUAUUUUUUUUUUUACAUGUGAAACAUUGAUUGACUUUUUGAAGAGCAGGACGUUGAGACGGAUGAAGGGCUACACGGUGACGGGCGGAGGGCAAAUACUUCUACCUCCUCCUGACCGACGCAGUUAGAAACUCGCGACCGACGUGACGUCGAGUUUUAUUUCGAGUGACGUUAAGGCGUUAAGAUUCUCAGCAGCAUUUCUUCGCGUUAGUUAACCGCCUGUGUCCUUCCUUCAUACAACAUUUAAAAGUUACUGUUUUUUUUCUUUCUUAUUAUUCCUUUCUAGGUGUUUACCUUUCUUUUGCUGUCCAAUCAUAGUUUUCAAUCGAAUACUGUAAAAACGGAAUCAUGUUCGUACGCACACUUUGCCUCUCGGUCUGUGAUCCGUUACCUUUAUCAACUCAUUCAUAAUAAUCAUGACGACGACGACGACAACAACAGAGAAAAUGAGAUUAAUAGACUGUAUUUAGAUACUUCUCACAGUGUGUGGCCAAAAGUAUGUAGACACAUGCUUUUUUUGCUGUAAAAUAAUAGAAACGAGGAUCUGUUUUGGAUUUUGUUUUUAAUUGAAAUACCUGGUGAUCUUAGAAGAAUGAGUGGAAAACAUUUAUUGCUGCUUCCGGUCGGGAGCUGGACUCGUUCCAACGAAGCUCAAUCGAUUUAUCGUUUUGUCACUUAAUGAAAAUUUCACCUGCAGUUGUUUCAAUCACCGAUAAAAUAUUGAAAUCGCUGCUUUGCGCAUCUCAAAAGUCAAUAAUUACUAUUUUUUUUUUCUUUCUUACUGGUUAUCAAUUAUGAUUGUGUCUUCUAUAUAUAUAUAUUUUAUUUUUUGCUGUUGGUCGAUUAAAUAUCUCGAGACGGUUGAAUUUAGGCUUUUGGAAAAUUUGUGACAGAAUUUAUUUUUAAGCAUUUUUCUGAUAUGUUAUGUUUUAGAUUACUAAUGAAACAGGAAGAUAUUUGAUAGAUAAGAUUAUUGAAUCGUUACAAUAUUAUUACACACAGUGAUUAUAUGUCAGGUGACAUAGUUAGUUUUACGGAGGAGUUUACAUCUGUGUAGCUGAACGGGGGCAAAUACCUGCAGCCAUGUUCCUCCCCAAAAAUGUAAAAUUAAAAAACAUAAGGGUCUGACAACAGCAGAGAAUUAGUGCUGAUGUUCGGGUGUUUGUCCACAUUCCUUCGGUCACGUCGUGUGAUUUCAAACCUGAGAGUCUGAUUCAGCUGAAACUGUUUCUGACGUUUGUAAUUUUUACUUCAACGAACUCUGGAACAUUAAUAUUGUUUAAUUAUGAAACAGCCAUUCGAACCAGUGUUUGUGCGACUGUCUGCGUUCACUACAAAGAUCAGUCGAUCGCUCUCGAGCUACAUUUGCACAGAUUUGUUACUGUAAAAAAAAAAAGAGAAUUCAACCAGAAGCUACAUACUAGAUUCAAUGUGAGCGUAGAAUAUUAUUUAUCAGAAAAAAGAAACUGGAAGAAGAGUGUUUGGAUGUGACACAACGAAAAUAAAAUUGUGUUAUUUUCUUGGAUGGAAAAGGCAAAAGCCAUCAUAACUGUAACCACAGUAGUGGGUACAGUAUCACUGCUGCUCGACUAGUACGAUGUCUGGGAGAUUAUUUAUUAUUGUUUGAGCCAUCAAAUAUUAAUUUUAUGCUUUACAACCACAAGCCGGGGGGGAAAAGUUGAAAAACGUCCCUUUUGUCUUUUUGUUUAUUGUAAUUUGUUGAAGUGUUUUUUUUUCUUCUUUCAGCGUCGACCAACGAUCAACCAAAUCGUUGUCUCGUUUUUCUGGAGAUUUGAACGAUUCAUCAAACCUCUGUCCGAACUGUAACGCAUCAUUCUCAAAACAAUAUAUAAUGUACCUAAUGUAAUUUGUGUGAAUCCACAUAAGCCUUCUCUGUAUCAUGGGAGUCCUUUUUUUUUAUAUAUAAAGAUAAUUUUCCAAGAAAA